CAUGUAUGUCCACUCCAGAGCAGAGCACGAGCAACAGAUGUAGAAUGCCACAGGCACUGGAAUUUACGCGUGCGGUUUAAGAAUAUGCAAUCAAUGUGAUGUCAGUGAUGGUGAACAUGAGGUGGACAUUCCUGGAGUUAUUUCUGUGACUUCCAAUAGGAUACCGCGAUUGAAAGUUUGAAACACUUCCAAGAGGCCUUUUGUUUGUCAACGAAAGAGCGAAUUCAGAAUCAAUCCAAGAUUGCAGAAUUAUCACUUGGAAGAACGAUUGUAAAGGUCCUCACCUCAGUAGGAGUGCAAGAGUAAUGACAGCAGACUGCCUAUAGGAGGCGCACUUAUCACAUUCAUUGAGUAUGGGACUUGAGGACCUGCCUGAUUUGGUGCACAAGAUGUCCACUACUCCACUGCCGCCCCCUCUCACUCCCUCUCCUAAGGGCCACCACCCCUCCUCUUCCUCAUCGUCUCCCAACACCUCCCUCUCCCCUCCUCCCGUGUCGCCUCACCAUCCUGAUGGAGUGGUGCUGCGGUCCCCAGCCACACGUCACCUGACUCACCUGGACCCCUGGAGGAGACACAGCUGGGAGCCAGGGGCCGUGGUGCAGGGAUGCUCGCCCAAUGAGUCACGCAGCGUGAGCCUGGAAGACUUGGACCCGGCGGAGAUGGCGCUGGUGUUGGGCGGUGCCAUCGGGGUGCGGCGGGUGCGUGAUUCACGCAGGGUGAGGGAGGGAUCCCUGUCCUCACUGACUGAAGAGGAGGCGGGACCUGAGCACCGGUCGGUGCUGGAGGAGCAGUCGUCUCACAUGCACGGCUGUAGUGCCUCAGCUCCAGUGCUCAGUGUGGAACACCGAACGCCACCCACCUCGGCCCCGCGACCCCGCUCACAGUGCUACGAUGGCAUGCUGUACUCACCAACUGGAAGCUCCACUCAAAGUGUGGACAGUGAUGUGGCAGAGGAAGAGGAAAGGGAAGAGCUGAUGGGAGGCGCUCUGGGCCGCACGUUCAGCUUCCUGCGCAAGAUGUCCAUCCGCAGAGGCAAGAAUAAGGAGAAGGAGCGCAUGCGUGAGCUGGAGAGGGAGGCGAGGGAGCGGGAGGCUUGCUAUAGCAACGGACACCUCUACACCUCCCUAACUGUCUCCGCGACAACGCUCUGCUCGGCUUGUAACAAGAGCAUCACUGCCAAAGAGGCCCUCAGCUGCCCCACCUGCAAUGUCACCAUCCACAACCGAUGCCGAGACUCACUGCCCAACUGCGCCAAAAUGAAACAGAGGCAACAGAAGAUGGCAUUAACAAGGUCCACUUCGGCAUAUCAGAAUGUCACGCUGCGCAACAAGAGUACCAUGAUGAGGGAGCGGCCCAGCUCAGCCAUCUACCCGUCCGACAGCCUCCGCCAAUCACUGCUCGGCUCUCGCCGCGGACGCUCCACCCUCUCGCUCUCCAAGAGCGUCUCCACCAAUAACAUCGCAGGGACUCUGAAUGAUGACUCUCCUUUGGGGCUGCGCAGGAUUCUCUCUCAGUCAACAGACUCACUCAACUUUAGAAGCAGAACCAUGUCUAUGGAGUCUCUUAAUGACGAGGGAGAGGCCUAUUACACGUCUAUGCUGGAGGAGAUGGAGAUUGAGGGGCGGGACUUUGAACCCGAUUCAUGGAGUACAGCUGUCGACUCUACCUACCUGCAGACUCACCGCAAAGAUAUCAUCAAGAGACAAGAUGUCAUCUACGAGUUGAUCCAGACGGAGAUGCACCACAUGCGGACGCUGCGCAUCAUGGAGGGGGUGCUGCGGCGGGGCAUGCUGGAGGAGGUGCAGCUGGAGCCGGGCGUGGUCAACGUGCUCUUCCCCUGCCUGGACCGCCUGCUGCUGCUGCACCAGAACCUCCUGGGCCAGCUGCUCCUGCGCCGCAACCACUGCAUGCAGCCCGGCAGCCAGCACAACUUCACCAUCCACCAGCUGGGCGAUAUCCUUCUGGAGCAGUUCUCAGGGCAGAAGGCUGAUGAGAUGAGGAAGACAUACGCAGAGUUCUGCAGUCGGCACCUGAAGGCGGUGAAGCGCUACAAAGAGCUUUUUGCCCGAGAAAAGAGACUCCAGUACUUCGUACGGCGAGUGAGUCGGGGCCCUCUCCUGCGUCGUCAUGGUUACCAGGAGUGCAUCCUUCUGGUCACCCAGCGCAUCACCAAAUACCCUGUCCUGGUCCAGCGUAUCUGCGACAACACUAAGGAAAACCCAGAGGAGGCUGAGAGUCUGACCCAGGCGCUGGUGCUGCUGAGGGAGCUGCUGAGCUCCGUGGACGAGCAGGUCCUGGAGCUGGAGCGCACGCAUCGGCUGCAGGAGAUCCAGGCCAGACUGGACCCGCGCGUCGAGGCCAAACUGCGCUCUGGCGCCCUCUUCAGGCCUGCCGAGCUGUCACGACGACGGCUCAUCCAUGAGGGAACGCUGCUGUGGAAAACCCCUGGCUCCAGACUCAAAGAUGUACAGGUCUUACUGAUGACAGAUAUCCUGGUGUUCCUGCAAGAAAAAGAUCAAAGAUUCAUCUUCCCCUGCCUGGACAAGCCAGCAGUUGUCUCCCUGCAGAAUCUCCUGGUGAGGGACAUAGCCAAUCAGGAGCGAGGGUUCUUCCUCAUCAGCAGUGAGUCCAGCCCCCCAGAGAUGUACGAGCUUCACGCCGCCUCAAAAGAUGACCGUAAUACCUGGAUACGCGCCAUACAGCAAACUGUUCUCAGAUGUCCCUCUAGACAGGAGUUCCCUCUGAUAGAGACCGAAGAUAAGGCCUUACUGCGCAGACUCAAAGCGGAUAUCCAGCACAAGGACAGGGAGGUGAUGGAGCUGCUCCAGGAGCGCGUGACGCUCUUCGCUGACCUUGUCGAGGUCACGGGAUGUCAUGAGGUCAUGCUGCCGCACAACUCCAGGAACCUGUUCAGAGCUGACACACCCCAGGCCCCCCGUGCUGAGGGACUGCUCACUGAAGCCAUGAGCGAGGUUGACAAGUUGACUGAGCUGUUGCUGGGGUCCAAUAUGGAGGUGCCUUUUUCCUACAGCACCAACGGCCACCACAGUCUGACAGGAGCACUAGUCAUCAAUGGACAAGAGGUGAUUAUUAAUGGUGCUCCAGAAUCCCCGGCCUCUCAUGAUCGCAAUGGCAAUCAGAUGGAGGAUAGAACACAAAGUGAGGAGGUGUCCCAGAGGUUGGUGAAUCUAAGUGCCCGGCUUCACGCUCUUCAGGCUGCUGUGAUCAAGCAGGAUUCCAUUUUGGAGUUCUACCUGCGCGGGAGUUCCAUGGCCCCUGAGGGUACGGGCGGGCGCGUGGUGCGCUCCCUGUCACGUGACGGGGGCACUGAGGGGGGCGUGGGGGAGCUGACGCUGCUCCAGAGGCAGCACAGCCUGCUGCAGGAGGAGCUGGUGAGGCUGCGGGGCGCAGAGGGCCGCCUCAAGGACUGCGAGAAGCACCGCGUCCAUCUGGAGAAGCAGCUGAAAGAGAUCAAGAGCAACAACAGCGCCGCCCCGGGGGACAGCAGUGGUACUGCAGCAUCACGGCAGGCUCUGCCACGCAGGGAAAGUGACACAGACCCAAACACGGACACCCAGUUAGCUAGUCAGGAAUCCAUGGACCAAUCAGAUGGCUUGCAGGGCUGCAGUGAUGUGGACAUUAUCUCUGACGACGAUGAUGAUGAUGUUGGAGAUGAUGAAGAUGUGAAGUUGUCACCACGCUCAGAGAGCCCAAGAGAUCUGCAGGACAUUCCAGAGGAGGAGACAGCGGAACACCGCGAACUGGAGGUGUCUCAAUGCUAAUUGGAAUAUUCAAGAACAUUCCAGAAUAGCCCAGAAAAACAGACAGACUGUAGAACUCUAAAAUAAGCAUCAGUGUUCCUCUGGGCUCUACAAAGAACCAUUUGAUCCACUUUAUUAAGUUAUCCAAUAUAUCCACUCUGUGAUCUUUGUAUUUUAUUUCAUUUUUCACUCUACAAUUUAUGAUCGGUGGCAAUAUGUGACAAAAAUGCAUACGAAGACUUCACUUUUGAUAUUUGCAUCAUAUGGCUGCAAACAUUCAUGGACCAGUGAGGACAUACCAAAGCAGGAUGUGUGACAGGAAUGGACUUUCGCAGGAUGUGUGACAGGAAUGGACUUUCGCAAGCUGGAUUUCCAGGCAGCCAUUUUCUGGCGUUUGGAAUUUAUGGUCUGAUGUCCAAAAAAUGCAUUGCGGUGCUUUCAUGAAUGGAAGAAAAGAGACAGAAUCAUUUCAUGAACUCUAGAAUUUCAUUAACUUCUUUCUCUUGCUAAGUUUGGAUCAUUGUAGUGAUGAGAGACUGUAUCCAUAUGGGUUUACCAUAGAGUUAUAGUCUUGCUAAAUACAUUGAUCCAAGUAGGUUUGUAGGCCUCUUUGAUGUUGCACGAAGAUAUUGUACUGUAAAUACACUUUCAGAGACUGCUUCAUAAGCAUGUAUGUGCACACACCCACACACUCACACACACACACACACACACACACACACACACACACACACACACAGAGAGACACACAGACACACACAUAUUCCUAAUCAGCUCUUAAUUUCUAAAGUAAUACAAGUGAUGUGAUCUGGGAGAUGUUAUUGUUUUAGAAAUUGGCUGCAUUGUUGUUUUUAUUUAUUUAUUAUUGCUUACCACUUAUCAGUUAGAAGAAAAUCUCCCACACCUUUAAUCUCCCUCACCUUUAAUCCCUGCACCUUUAAUCUCACACACCUUUAAUCUCCCACACCUUUAAUCUCCCUCACCUUUAAUCCAUGCACCUUUAAUCUCCCACAACUUUAAUCUCCCACACCUUUAAUCUCCCUCACCUUUAAUCCCUGCACCUUUAAUCUCCCACAACUUUAAUCUCCCACACCUUUAAUCUCCCUCACCUUUAAUCCCUGCACCUUUAAUCUCCCACACCUUUAAUCUCCCUCACCUUUAAUCCCUGCACCUUUAAUCUCCCACACCUUUAAUCUCCCACACCGUUAAUCUCCCACACCUUUCCACAAAACUCUCUAUGGGAGGUAAGCCAUAAAUAAUAUAUUUACAACGUCUGAAGAACUGAGAGAGCAGUCACUAGAGGCUGUUCAGCAGUCAGUUCUGCUCCUAAGCAGGUAGAGUGAGGGUGUCAGGAAGGAAGAGCUCAUUCAGCAGUCAGUUCUGCUCCUAAAGGCCCCGUCACACCAGAACGUUAUGGUGUGACGGGGCCUUAAGCAGGUAGAGUGAGGGUGUCAGGAAGGAAGAGCUCAUUCAGCAGUCAGUUCUGCUCCUAAAGGCCCCGUCACACCAGAACGUUAUGGUGUGACGGGGCCUUAAGCAGGUAGAGUGAGGGUGUCAGGAAGGAAGAGCUCAUUCAGCAGUCAGUUCUGCUCCUAAAGGCCCCGUCACACCAGAACGUUAUGGUGUGACGGGGCCUUAAGCAGGUAGAGUGAGGGUGUCAGGAAGGAAGAGCUCAUUCAGCAGUCAGUUCUGCUCCUAAAGGCCCCGUCACACCAGAACGUUAUGGUGUGACGGGGCCUUAAGCAGGUAGAGUGAGGGUGUCAGGAAGGAAGAGCUCAUUCAGCAGUCAGUUCUGCUCCUAAAGGCCCCGUCACACCAGAACGUUAUGGUGUGACGGGGCCUUAAGCAGGUAGAGUGAGGGUGUCAGGAAGGAAGAGCUCAUUCAGCAGUCAGUUCUGCUCCUAAAGGCCCCGUCACACCAGAACGUUAUGGUGUGACGGGGCCUUAAGCAGGUAGAGUGAGGGUGUCAGGAAGGAAGAGCUCAUUCAGCAGUCAGUUCUGCUCCUAAAGGCCCCGUCACACCAGAACGUUAUGGUGUGACGGGGCCUUAAGCAGGUAGAGUGAGGGUGUCAGGAAGGAAGAGCUCAUUCAGCAGUCAGUUCUGCUCCUAAAGGCCCCGUCACACCAGAACGUUAUGGUGUGACGGGGCCUUAAGCAGGUAGAGUGAGGGUGUCAGGAAGGAAGAGCUCAUUCAGCAGUCAGUUCUGCUCCUAAAGGCCCCGUCACACCAGAACGUUAUGGUGUGACGGGGCCUUAAGCAGGUAGAGUGAGGGUGUCAGGAAGGGAGAGCUCAUUCAGCAGUCAGUUCUGCUCCUAAAGGCCCCGUCACACCAGAACGUUAUGGUGUGACGGGGCCUUAAGCAGGUACAGUGGGGUGUCAGGAAGGGAGAGCUCAUUCAGCAGUCAGUUCUGCUCCUAAAGGCCCCGUCACACCAGAACGUUAUGGUGUGACGGGGCCUUAAGCAGGUACAGUGGGGUGUCAGGAAGGGAGAGCUCAUUCAGCAGUCAGUUCUGCUCCUAAAGGCCCCGUCACACCAGAACGUUAUGGUGUGACGGGGCCUUAAGCAGGUACAGUGGGGUGUCAGGAAGGGAGAGCUCCUUCAGCAGUCAGUUCUGAUCCUAAGCAGUGAGAGUGGGGUGUCAGGAAGGGCUUGUUCACAGCUCAUCAGGGAUGGACGUUCCAAUAUUCUCCAUUUUGUGAAAAAUGAAAGCGUGUGAAAUCAAACGAAUGAAAUAAAUGUAAAUAGAACUAUACUCUCCUCUUUACCAGUGACCUGCACGUUAAUCAGUGCAGAUCAGUCAGACAUGAAUCAGUUCCUUUUUAUAAGAGAACUCUUUUCACGAUCUCUCAAUGUUUUUGUUAAUCAUUAUAUGAAUAGAUUUGAUGCUUGUGACAUAUUUCUAUCUGUGCCACUCAGUGCAAGCCGCCCGACCACAGAAGCCUUGUGUUCUCCUGCCUUUUAUGUGGUUGGAUGACUGCCAUGGCAGAUUAUAUACAAUACAAUGCUGUCUGCUCUGUAUGGUUGCUGUCUGCUGUCAUUCAAGAAUGAUUAAAGAAUUUUAAGUCUU